AUGAGCGCGGUGAAGUCGGACCUCGCGCCCGAGAAGGCGUCGGAGGCGCCGCUGAACGAGUCCAGCGGAGCGGAGAGUCCUUCAGAGAUCGAGAUUGGAGAGGAGGCUGUGAACGAAAAGGCAUUGCUACGGAAGCUUGACGCAAAGCUUCUGCCCGCGGUCGGAAUCCUAUACCUGCUUUCUUUCCUCGACCGAUCCAAUGUUGGCAACGCAAGAAUCGAGGGUCUCACCGACGACCUGCACAUGACUGGAAAUGAGUAUCUCACUGGUCUCACCCUGUACUUCAUCGGAUAUGUUCUUUUCGAGAUCCCAUGCAACAUCAUCCUGAAGAGAACGACCCCUCGUUUCUGGCUUCCUACUCUGACCAUUGCCUGGGGUGUUGUUGCUACUCUGAUGGGUAUCUGCACCAACAUGGCCGGUUUCUUUGUUGCUAGAUUCUUCCUUGGCGUCACGGAAAGUGGUCUUUUCCCUGGAGUUGUCUUCUACUUCUCUAUGUGGUAUCGGCGUCGAGAGCGGCAAUAUCGCAUUUCCCUCUUCUUCAGUGCUGCUUCUCUUGCAGGUGCUUUCGGUGGUAUCCUCGCAUGGGGCAUCGGACACAUGAAGGGAAUCGUGUGGGCCAAUGGUUGGCGAUGGAUUUUCAUAUUGGAGGGCAUUGCUACCGUCGUCAUUGCCGUCGCCGCGUACUGGUUCAUCCAGAACUACCCCGACACUGCUCAAUUCGUAUCUGACAAGGAGCGUCGUUUCAUCCGCGCCCGACUGGCUGCCGACAGCGACGCCACUCACGAUGAGCGCUUUACGUGGGCCUACGUGUUGGACGCUCUGAAGGACCCGAAGUGUUGGUUGUACGGUCUGGGCUUUCACACCAUGAGCCUGCCCCUCUACACCUUUUCUCUGUUUUUGCCUACCAUUAUCAAGAACCUUGGAUACACCGCUGCAAAGGCUCAAUUGCUCACGAUUCCACCUUACGCUCUUGCCUUUGCCACGACCUUGACCGUCGCAAUCUACUCCGAACGAACCGGUCGCAGAGCGUUCUUCAUCAUGGGAUCCUCCGCUUUCGCAGCCAUCGGCUACAUCAUCCUCCUCGCCAACACCGACCCCGCGGGGAAGCCUGGUGUCUCAUAUCUCGGAACCUUCUUCGCAGCCGGUGGCAUUUACCCUGCUACUGCCCUGGUCCUCUCCUGGCCUGCCAUCAACGUCUCUGGCCAGACCAAGCGCGCCGUGGGCAAUGCCAUGCAGAUCACCAUUGGCAACCUCGGCGCGGUGAUGGGCACCCAGCUGUAUCGCUCGAAUGACGGGCCGCGGUACAUUGUCGGUCACUCUCUGGCUUUGGCAUACCUGAUCGCCAACAUUGCGGUCUGUGCUGUCUUGUACUUCGUUCUCAAGGGAGAGAACAAGAGGCGUGAAGCAAUUGCCGAGGAAGUCAACGCUAUUGGAGACUUGAACGACUGGCCCGGUGACAAAGACCCUAGAUGGCGCUUCCAAUACUAA